GUGGGUUCUGUUAUUCCGGCCGUUUGAGACGUGCACUGCUUACGAUACUCUGCCGCCCUUCUCGGAGCAAUGACUAAAACGUGGCGCUCAACAGCACUGCUUUUAUUUGCUGCCUUGAUCUCCCUCCACGUCGAUUCCUUGCGUCGUCUUAGUCAAACAAACAUAUCGCCUUCUGUGGCCAGCCUCUGGCUUAGGGAGAGGACAAGGCCUGCGUACAACAUUCGUUAGCUUCUCGCCAUCGGAUUGGAUGGGGGAGGGCACCAGCGCUGCAAGACUGCGGUACAUUUUACACAGUCGACAGUUUCCAGAAUGUCGACUCGAUCGACGCCAGCCAUCUACACAGGAUUUUGGAUCGAGUGGAACGAGGGCCGGAUCAAAGGCGCAACGCUGACACUGUCCAACCGACAUGGCGCCUACUUGAUAGCCUUCCUUGCCCUCUUCGUCCAUAUCGCCGGCUCCAGCUUCUGGAGACUUUCGAGUUUCUUCUUGUUCCGACGCAGAACUCAUCCUGGUCUCCAUGACAAGUCAGCAUUACAGCAGCAAGCGAUCCUGCGCAACGGAUCCUCCGCCUUCACAGCCUUGCGUCGACUCGCUACGGCCGCCGUGCUUGCACGCCCACGCCAAAUGGCCCAACGCUGGGGGCUGUUGACGUGGGCAAUAGUGAGCUUUGCUGGAUUCCUUGCUGCCAGCACAUUGUCUUCUAAAGUAUCGUUCAAACGGUCGAACGUUUUGCUGGAACCCACAAACUGCGGUCGGUGGUGGGAAUUCGGAUUCAAUCGUCCGGGCGGCUAUGGAGUCGCAAGUGCAUCAGCAUUCGUGCAGCUCAUGGUUGAGCAGGCAGCGACCACACAGCUUCGUACCACGAGCCACCAAUAUGCAUCGGUAUGUGGUUCGGACACGACACCUAGAGAUCAUUGCCUCUGGUUCGCACGAAACCCAAUCGCCUUCAGCACUAAUCUGCACGCCCCAUGUCCAUUCCAUCCAAGUAUUUGUCUUGCAGGCAAAGCUUUCUCCGUCGACUCUGGAUGGAUAAAUUCCGAUGUUGAACUGGGCAUCAAUGGCUAUCCCGAAGAUCGAAUAAAGAUGCGGAUCAACAAGACCUGUGCACCGCUGAAGCGGGAUGGCUAUACGAAAAUGUACGAUUCGACUAAUAUAUCAUCGAUCAUUGUCCCGCCAGUAACGCCCGCCCAAUUGUUCGACUUUCCAACAGCAUCUUCGAAUUUUGAGGCAUUCUUCUACGGGCCGCAAGUGGGCCUCUCAAACGCAACUUUCAUCUACGAUAGCGCCGCUCGGAUGAGAUUGGAUGGCGAGUCAAAUACCGUUUGGAGGUAUCUGUUGAACACGGAAGUCUACCAAGGUUGCGCGCCUUUUUCUCGUGCCGAGUGCGCGUCCACUUUCCAGCCAAUUCCCGAGCUUCUGGGAUCCAGCCAGGAUAUCACUUUGAUAUUCUUAUCGUCAGACGUACAGUACCUGGGUCCAGUAACCGAUCCCUGGUUCGACGCUCAAAUAUGUGACCCGGCAAGACUUUUCCCCGAUGUGACUGUCUGCCAGCGCAGCUCUCCAACCACCGUUCUUGGAUGUGUCGAGGAGACGGAGAUGUGUGCUGAUGGAACGACUGAGGGUAGCAAAUGUGUAAAACUACAGGCGAACGGUCUUCCGUAUGAUCAAAACGCCCCGGGGUGGCCGAAUCUCACUCAACUACUCAAUCUCAGCCCACGACAGGCCUCGAUAGCCUCGCGUUUACAGGACGCCAGCUACCGAAGCGGCCUCGUGGAUAUCGUCUUGGCGAUGGGUCCAGCCAAUUUGUUGGCGCUUCAAAAACUUGGAGCCGCAUAUGGCACCCCUCUUCCAGAAGACCAAUGGACGAAGGAGGUCGAGAACUGGUUCAACACGGCGCUUGUCAACAUGCAGCUGUACAAUACCCAAUUUGUCACCGGUUGGCAGAACGCAGAGGCGAAUUCGCACGUAACACCGCCGGCGGAAGCGGAAGCGUGGAUGUGCAAUGCUCAGGUGGUCCAGAGCAACGCUUUCUCAUCUUUCAGUGUCUUGGGCCUGUGCACGAUUCUCGCCAUCGGUGGCGUGCUCAUUACCUUGGAGCUAUGUCUUCCUCGAGUUUGGCAUCGGUUCGUCCCAUCGACACCCCUCAACACGUACCGCAAGAAGGACUGGGAGGAAUUCGAUCUUCUCGAGAUGACGAAGGAAGUCGUCGAAAAGUGACUGCCAGAGCACCGACCUGCUUCGGACGAUCUAUCGCCUGGCCCGGCGAAAGGUGGGAACGUGGUGGCCAUAGUACGGAGAAAUUCCAAAGAGUCUACAGGGCAAGGGUAGGUUUCGUGUGGCGACUAGAUAACGACCGCCCAGCUCUGACCAGGGCAGUUGUUCACUUUCACCUAGCUAUUAGCCAGAUAUUUCGCUUCUGCUUCGAUGCUGUGCGCUUUGCUCGCCAUUUUGAUGUCGACGAACCACGAAAUGUCGCGUUAAUUAAGAAGACAUUGAACGUUGUAAGCAGCAAGUUUUGAAGAGUGU